AUGACGGAGUUCUCUGUUUACCAUGGAGAUCAAAAAGGUCACCAGUUUCCACCCAAUAAUCGCUAUGAACAGUUCCUCAGUGUAUGGAAGACAAUAUUUUCGCGCGUUGAAAAUCAGCUUAGAUUUCUCACUACAAACGUGUUUACUGAAGUUUUCAAUUUUAUAGAAGAUUCACACACUUCUUGGCUUUCAUUGCACAACUUGAUAACAAAUAACUUUGUCAGUUUAGAUCAAAUCCCCACAGCUCUCCUGUUGGCUGGUGUCAAUACUCCUGAUCAUUCGGUUAUUUAUGGCCACCUCCAAAAUUUGAUUUUACAGUCUGGUGGGCAUGUAGCUGUUAUCAGUCCUGGUGCUAAUACAACUAGUGUUCGUAGUCUUGUAUCCCUCGUAGUACAGCAAUUAUCUGACGAUUCUUGUCAACAAAGUAAAUGGUUUAGGAAUAAUGAAGAUUGUGAUGAUAAAAAACGUAGUAACACCGGUCAAGACGCUAAAGAAUCCAAAAAUAUUUUAAUGAAAAAUUUUACUCCAGCUACACGUUUCUCAUAUUUGGCUUUACUAGAAUGGUAUUAUUAUUCUGGAACGAGAAAUUCUUCUAAUCCUAACGUGACUGAAUCCAAUGUAGAAUUUAAAACACCAGCACCACCGACUACACCUCGUCUCCGUUCACAACGUAGUGUCAGUCAACCAAGAUCUCGUAGAUCAAAUCAACCUUGUUCCAUGUCAUCUGAUUCACCUAGGUUGAGUACACCAACUAAAAGAAGUCAAAGACUUAGUCUACGUUCUAAUGAAGUUAGUAAUACUUUGAAACAAGAACCAGUCGACAAUCUGUCAACAUCUCCAGAAUCAGCCAUACAUUCUGAAUUAAAACAACAUUCAACAUUACUCAGACCUCUAGUUAUUAUUUUUACAGAGAUUGAAUCUGUUCCUGUACAAGUUCUGUGUGAUUUUAUCGAGUUAACUUCUCUAUAUGUGGCCGGUCAAGUUAGAGGUCGUUCAUACUCAUUGCCGAUUAGUUUUGUUUUCGGUUUGUCUACAAUCCCUGAGAUUGGAUUUGAACCACGUUUUAGUGCAUCCAUAUUAAGUCGAUUAACAAUUCGACAAUUUGCUGUUCCUUCACCGACAGCAUUUUUAAAUGUUGUGUUAAAAGAAAUAAUACAAUUCCCUGGUGUACAUCCAACUUAUCCUGUAUUGAAUUAUUUAAUGGAUGGAUUAUUUCUUUGUUUAGAUUAUUCAGUGAAAAAUUUUCUACAACGUUUAAAAUUUUGUAUGUUAGAGCAUUAUUUAAAAACUCCACAUCCUGAAUUAUUAUUUCAAUCAUCACCUGAAUCAAUCUAUCAUUAUUUAACAUCAUUAAACUCUAGUGAUUUAGCUCGAAUCCUAUCGAUGGAUUAUCCUUCAUUAACAAAUUGUAUUUUACAUCAAGAAUUAAAUUCAACUCUUCCUAUGAACACUGAUUUAUCAUACUCAACAGAACAAACAACACAGCUAUCAUCAUCGCUGUCGCCGUCUUCCGUGAAUAAUGAUAAAUUGAUUCAUAAAAUUAUAGAAUAUUUACAAAAUCAUUGGAAAUUACAAUUUCUCAUUUCAUACAUAUUGAAUUGGUUAUUGAUUAUUAUGAAACCAGUAUCUGUUCGACCAUUGGGUAAACAUAUUGGAGAUUUAUAUCGUUUAUGGUUGAAAAAUGGUUUAGUCAAUGCAGAAGAAUUCAAUUUAACAAUAAAUCUUUUAUGUGGAGUGUCUAAAGAACAUUUAAUGAGCGCUAUACAUGAUGCGUAUAAUUUUCUUUUAAAAGAAUCUUCUUUAAUUCAACCGGAAAAUUCUACUUUCCUCUGUUGGUCACCAUCGAUUCUAUCAGAAGGUAGAAAAUGUUUAGAAAAUUUAGCUGAAUCAACUCUUUCUUGGUAUACAAAAUUGUCUAUGGGUUGUCAAGAAACAUCGUCAGCUGAACAAAAAACAGUACAAUCAAAUCAAGCAUUGUCAAUCGAUAAUAGCGCGUCAACUAUGCCUGUUAAUAAUCAUGAGAAUAAUUCAGUGAAACCGAUUGUUGAAUUCAGUACAAAAAGAAAAAUUAGUUUACGUAAUUUACGUCAGCAUUUACAAGAAUACGCAACCUCUUCACCGAAUCGUCCUUUAUCGGCUAUCACUGCAGCAGCAGCAGCAACCAAAACAACAACUCCAACUACAACGGCGACUGAAACUACACCAACUGUACAACAACAAACUCAUUGGGAUAAAUUAAUACGUAAAGAAUUUUUUCAAUGGUUACAAAUGAAAUUGACUGAAUUCAUUCCAUCCUAUCAUGAAUUACCAUUGUAUGAAAUAUUCUAUGGUCCUUUUGUUAUGAAAGAAAAUGAUUCAACACAUCAGUCAUCAUGCAAUACACAUUCUCAAUUAGCAUUAUCUAUACGACGUCGAUUGAAUCCAUCAUUCCAGGGUUGUUUACAUAAAGCACUUGUUAAUCCUGGUGUAUAUUUACAGAUUGCUGAAUUGAAACUAUCAAAUUCCAAUAGUUUUUCACCGAAACUAUUCGAUUUAUGCAUUUUGUAUAAAUUAUUAAUGGAAACAACCAAAAUGGUCAAUUUAUACGAUUGGCUUAUGGCAUUUGCAACUAUACUAGGCGAAGCGGUUGAUACGCAAAAUCCUCCAUCACAAGAGAUUCAAUGUCGUUUUUUACAAGGACUAGCUGAAUUACAAUAUUUAGGUUGUAUUAAAUCAACUCGUCGUAAAUUAGAUCAUGUUAUACGUUUGACAUGGAUUUCUAAUCUUGUAUAAAAGCAUCAUGUUCAUUGGGUGGUUUUUUUUUUUUGAAUUCUUUUCUCUUAACAAAUAACAUCAACAUGAGAAUAGAAUGCAUCAUUAUUUAUU